AUAAGAUGGAGAAGCAAAUUGGUUUGGUGAUGUUCGCGGUGGUGAUGUUGUGUAGCCAAUGUUUGAUUGGCGUCGAAGCAAGACCGGUCGUCGAGCGUCGGAAUUUGCUUGCGAAUGGGCUUGGGAUGACUCCUCCCAUGGGUUGGAACACUUGGAAUCACUUUUAUUGUGAUAUCAACGAGACUAUAAUUAGAGAAUCAGCGGAUGCAUUGGUGUCCACCGGGCUUGCUAAACUUGGAUAUCGAUAUGUCAACAUAGAUGAUUGUUGGGCUGAGCAUGAUCGUGAUUCAACGGGUUAUAUGGUGCCAAAAAGGUUGACAUUUUCAUCAGGAAUCAAAGCUCUAGCGGAUCACGGCAAGGGGCUUAAACUUGGUAUUUACUCGGAUGCAGGGCACCGAACAUGUAGCCAGACGAUGCCAGGUUCGCUUGGUCAUGAGCAGAAAGAUGCUGAAACUUUUGCUUCAUGGGGCAUUGAUUACCUCAAGUACGACAACUGUAACAACGAUGAUUUGAAACCGAUGAAGCGGUAUCCUGAGAUGACCCGAGCUCUGAUGAGAACAGGCAGACCAAUUUUCCUUUCUCUGUGUGAAUGGGGAGACAUGCACCCGGCUCUUUGGGCUAACAAGUUGGGGAAUAGCUGGAGAACAACUUUCGACAUAAAUGAUUCAUGGGAAAGUAUGGUUUCGAGGGCAGAUCAGAAUGAAGUUUAUGCUGAGCAUGCAAGGCCCGGCGGCUGGAAUGAUCCAGACAUGCUCGAAGUUGGAAAUGGUGGUAUGAGUAACGAUGAGUACAUCGUGCACUUCAGCCUCUGGGCCGCUUCCAAGGCUCCUCUUAUUAUCGGGUGUGAUGUAAGGAGCAUGACCAAGGAAACCUUGGCUAUCCUUGGCAACGAGGAAGUGAUUGCUGUAAACCAAGAUCCUCUCGGUGUUCAAGCUAAGAAGGUGCGAAUGUAUGGAGAUUCCGAGGUUUGGGCAGGACCUCUUUCUGGAUACAGAACUGUAGUCGUUCUGUUGAACCGUUCCCCUGAAUUCAGAACCAUCACAGCUCAAUGGGAUGACAUCGGUCUUCCACCAAACACGGUUGUGGAAGUCAGAGAUCUUUGGAAGCAUGCGACACUGGAGAAGAGGUUCGUGAACGAACUGAGAGUCGGCGUGCAUCACCAUGCCUGCAAGAUGUUCCUGUUGACGCCUCUUACACUAUCAGAAGAGGAUGAACCGAAAGUCUAGUCACUACUCGUAGGAUGAAUAAAUGUAUGUACAAAUUCGAUGCACAAAUUCGAUGCUUGAAUUUGCUGGUAUUUUAAUGAAGUAGAAGGUUCGUAGGAUAAUAAAUUCAUGUACAAAUUUGAUGUUUGAAUUUGUUGGUAUUUUAAUGAAAUUGAGAACUUUUUUUAUUCAUGACUUUUCCCUCAAGAAAUCACAUAUUGUGACAUUUCUUUUCAUGUGCGUGAGCUACGGUUCUGAUCGGGGAUCAACUUUAACGUUCGAAGAUCACACGACGAGCGAGUUGUGAGGAUUCCAUCCCAUCCUCGCAUUGUCGCGACAACCCCCAUCUUCUAUCUGCAACAAAACGCUAGGGUUUGGGCUUCCGAGAAGUCAUCCCAUCAUCAUAGUGUGGUCACCGUA